GUGGAAUACACACCUGUCCAGGUGCACCUGAGCUUCAAGCAAAGGAGUCUCUGCCAGAGGAGGGCUGGCUGGGGCCACAGCAGAGGGGACUGACAGAGUAGGUACUGGAAGGGCCCCAUGGCAGGGUAAGGGCUUUGGAGCAGCUCACCGAGGAUCCGUCUGCCUGUCCACUCCGUCCGGGGCCAGAUGGAGGAGCUGGUAGGGCUUCGUGAGGGCUCCUCGGGGAACCCUGUGACCCUCCAGGAGCUAUGGGGCCCAUGUCCCCGCAUCCGCCGAGGCAUCCGAGGUGGUCUGGAGUGGCUGAAGCAGAAGCUGUUCCGAGUGGGUGAGGACUGGUACUUCCUGAUGGCCCUCGGGGUGCUCAUGGCCCUCAUCAGCUACACCAUGAACUUCACUGUCGGGCGUGUGGUCCAAGCACACAAGUGGCUGUACCGGGAGAUUGGGGACAGCCACCUGCUCCGGUAUCUCUCCUGGACCGUGUACCCUGUGGCCCUGGUCUCCUUCUCCUCAGGCUUUUCCCAGAGCAUCACGCCCUUCUCAGGAGGUUCUGGAAUUCCGGAGCUGAAGACCAUCCUGUCGGGCGUGGUCUUGGAGGACUACCUGGAUAUCAAGAACUUCGGGGCCAAGGUGGUGGGCCUCACCUGCACCCUGGCAGCGGGCAGCACCAUCUUCCUGGGCAAAGUGGGCCCCUUCGUGCACCUGUCUGCGAUGAUCGGUGCCUACCUGGGCCGCGUGCGCACCAAGGCCAUUGGGGAGUCCGAGAACAAGAGCAAGCAGAACGAAAUGCUGGUGGCGGCGGCGGCGGUGGGCGUGGCCACGGUGUUCUCAGCGCCCUUCAGCGGCGUCCUGUUCAGCAUCGAGGUCAUGUCCUCCCACUUCUCCGUCUGGGAUUACUGGAGGGGCUUCUUCGCGGCCACCUGUGGGGCCUUCAUGUUCCGUCUCCUGGCGGUCUUCAACAGCGAGCAGGAGACCAUCACCUCCCUCUACAAGACCAGUUUCCGGGUGGAUGUCCCCUUUGACCUGCCAGAGAUCUUCUUUUUCGUGGCCCUGGGGGCUAUCUGUGGCAUCCUGAGCUGUGCUUACCUCUUCUGUCAGCGAAUGUUCCUUGGCUUUGUCAAGAGCAAUCGGGUCCUCUCCAAACUGCUGGCCACCAGCAAGCCUCUGUAUUCGGCCCUGGUGGCUUUAGUUCUCGCCUCCAUCACCUACCCUCCCGGCCUGGGCCACUUCAUGGCUUCUCGGCUGUCCAUGAGGGAGCUUCUGGACUCGCUGUUGGACAAUAACUCAUGGGCGCUGAUGGCCCGGAACGCGUCCCCACCCUGGCCCUCGGAGCCCGACCCCCAGAACCUAUGGGUCGAAUGGUACCACCCAUCGUUCACCAUCUUUGGGACACUCGCCUUCUUCCUGGUUAUGAAGUUCUGGAUGCUAAUUCUGGCCACCACCAUCCCCAUACCUGCUGGGUACUUCAUGCCCAUAUUUAUCUUCGGAGCUGCCAUCGGGCGCCUCAUAGGGGAGGCCCUCUCUGUUGCCUUCCCAGAGGGCAUCGUGGCCGGAGGGGUCACCAACCCCAUCAUGCCUGGGGGGUAUGCCCUGGCAGGGGCUGCGGCGUUCUCAGGGGCUGUGACCCACAGCAUCUCCACGGCAUUGCUGGUCUUCGAGCUGACUGGCCAGAUCGUGCAUGCACUACCUGUGCUGAUGGCAGUGCUGGUGGCCAAUGCCAUCGCCCAGAGCUGCCAGCCCUCCUUCUAUGACGGCACCAUCAUUGUCAAGAAGCUGCCGUACCUUCCAUGGAUUCGGUGCCGAAAAAUCAGCUCUCACUGUGUAAUUGUGGAGCACUUCAUGAACUGUACCAUCACCACGCUGGCCAAGGACGCACCGCAGGAGGAGGUGGUCAAGGUCGUGACCUCCACAGAUACCUCUGAGUACCCCCUUGUCGACAGCACAGAGUCUCAGAUCCUGGUGGGCACUGUGCAAAGGGCACACCUGGUGCAGGCCCUCCAGGCUGAGCCACCCUCCUGGGCUCCAGGACAGCAGUGGCGUCUCCAGGACAUCUUGGCUGGGGGCUGCCCCAUGGAGCCAGUGACCCUGAAGCUGUCCCCGGAGACCUCCCUGCACCAGGCACACAACCUCUUCGAGCUGUUGAACCUCCAGUCCCUCUUCGUGACGUCUCAGGGCAGAGCUGUGGGCUUCGUGUCUUGGGUGGAGUUGAAGAAAGCAAUUUCCAACCUGACAGACCCACCAGCCCCAAAGUGAGCCAGCCUGGCAAGAUGAAACAAGGCCCUUCAGCUGCCCUGGUAAAGGAGACAGGGCAGAGACCCUGCCUCUCUCCCCCCAUCACAACAUCCCCCUCCCCUCCAGCCCAGCUCAACUCCUCAAUGAAGCAGGCAGCUAACCUCGCACUGAAGAGGCCCCGUGGCCACCAUGUCCCAUCCUCUGUGAAACAAGUGCUACACGCCUUGAAGGACAAAUCCCACCCUGGGCAGAGCUCAGAAUGAAGACAGCAGAAAGCCAGCAUAUAGUGGGUGCUCCAUGAAAGCAUCAGAUUCACGAAUGAAGAGAUUGGUACAUGCUGUCACCAAGGGCAUGCACAGAUGCCCUCUGAGGUUUGCAUGACUCCCAUCCAGAGGCUCCUGAGAAAAAAAUAAAGCCGAUUC